UGGAUUAACUUUAUUUAUCAGUAUAAGGUCGGGCGAGUGGGCGUAGGUCCGCGGUACCGAAGUAUGUGUGUGAUCAGAGCCUAUUGGUAGGGAGUCUAUGACGUCGGGGGGCCUAGGUGCGAAUGAUACAGAUGGGCGUUUAUCAGGCAUAAAUAUGUGGGUCCCAUUGACACGGGAGAGAUCGGCCUAUGACCCCAGACGUUAGACGUGCUAUUCUAAGCUAGUAAAACGCGUCGUAGCAGCCGGAAGAAAAAAACAACAACAACAACGAACCGUCCUGCAGUACUAUGCCGACUGACUCGAUUUGCGGUCCCGGCGGUGAGAGCGUGAGCCAGCCGCAGGGUCCACGUGGAAGGUUGCAGGAUAUUCGGCUCAACAUUGAAAGACCGAUUCUAGCCGAUCAGACUAAUGCACUGACAAGCGGUAGUUUUGUACCUAUCGUUGCAAAAGUCAAUCAGCGAACCCCCGGACCAACUCCAAGUCGGCUAUCCAAGAAGAAUUUGAAAAGGGCGGCGGGAAUAGGCGGGGCUAUACCCUGCUCACCGCAGACCAUAGAACAGCUACAAAUUCCUUAUAAAAAGGCCCGCAAGGACACCACCCACGGCGGUCUAGCUCCGGAGAAUUAUAAUCAGGUUAUUCAGGCCGUUAUAAACCCACAAAUUGUGCAACAUGGUGCUGUAAGGGCUGAUACCAACCACCAAGUGAUUGGGGAAGUGGAUGUGCAUGUGUCGGCGUCGCCUACAGAGACCGUCACAGUGCAACCGGAUGGGACUAUACAACACGCCCAUGGAGAUCCCCAGUGUGCGUCACUAGCAGGGCUGAAUGAUUGGGCUGGUCUUGACGACGUCCUGGGCUCGUCCUGGGAUUCAUCGCUGCUGGAACAUAUCGACUUCACUCCAUCUCUGUGGGUCGACGCACCAGCUACAUCCGUAGAGGCUACCACCAGUGCAGAGCCUGUACAACACCACCAGUCUGCAGAUCCUGCAUCUGGAUCCCUACACACCAUUCAAGACCCUAUCCACAACCCUCCGUGUAUCGUGAGUCCCAUCGCUCAUGAGGUAGCGGGGUCGCAGCUACCAGCCGGUCCCGCAAUUGCUAGUGCUGAAUACCUUGCAGCGGUGCGAGAUUCUAAAUUGCGUAAAGAAUUUGCUGAUAAAUUAGCCGUGUUAGCUGCAACGGUGACUGUAAACUCCUUAGCCAUUGGUCGUCAGAGUAAACGUGGUGACGAUAGAUAUCAGGCUCUCGAAGAACAGACGAAGCAGUCCUUCAUCGCUAUCAGGGAAGAAAAUGCGCGUGAUCGUAUGACUGAUGUAGUCCCAAACGCUGAGACCAGUAAUGGACGUGCAAUUGUGGUCCUUCAACGUAAGCAUUCGGCGGUCGAGGCAGCUGUGCGUGGCAACACGCAGGACAUAGCGAGAAUUAGCUCAGAAGCGCUGUUAAGAGCUUCUAAAACCCGUCGAAAAUUAUGGUUAUUGGGAUCUGCUAGCGAAGCUAACGUCAAUUCCAAUCGGGCAAUGUGUACCGAGAUGGGUGUGAUGAAUGACACACUAGCAAAGCUUACGGUGAAUGCUAAUAUUUGAUUUGUGUUUUUGUUUUUGUUUUUUCUUUUAUCUUGUGGAGAGGGUAUUUUUUUUGUUUUAAACUGCAUGUAAUAAAACUUUUUUUCUUUUAAUA